AUACUGAAGGUCAGACAUGUCAGGCUGGCUCUUUACUCAACAGCAUCCACUACCCAAAAUAAAAACUAUGUUUCAAAUAAUCAUUGUGCCAAAAAAUACUAGAUGUCAGUACUGUAAAUAACACGGCUCCUUGUUUGUACAGCUUCAUCUACUCAGAUGGCAUAUUCAGCUACUGUUUCUCAUCUUUUUAUUUUCAAAUGAAAUUAUUUCUCAAGUCUGCCAGGACUGACAAUGAGUUAGAGUAAGUCCAAAUAAAAACAACAUUAUGGGACUACCUUCACUCCUCUUUUCCUUCGCUGCUGCCCGGUUCCUGGGAUCAGCCGACGGCAUGGGUUUUGGAGACCUGAAAAGCCCCGCCGGUCUCCAGGUGCUCAACGACUACCUAGCAGACAAGAGCUACAUCCAGGGGUAUGUGCCGUCACAAGCAGACGUGGCAGUAUUUGAAGCAGUCUCUGGCCCCCCACCUGCCGACUUGUAUCAUGCCCUCCGCUGGUAUAAUCACAUCAAGUCUUAUGAAAAGGAGAAGGCCAGCCUUCCAGGAGUGAAGAAAGCUUUGGGCAAGUAUGGCCCUGCUAAUGUGGAAGACACCACAGGAAGUGGAGCUACAGAUAGUAAAGAUGAUGAUGACAUUGAUCUCUCUGGAUCUGAUGAGGAGGAGGAAAGCGAAGAAGCGAAGAGGCUAAGAGAGGAACGCCUUGCACAGUAUGAGUCAAAGCAAGCCAAAAAACCUGCACUUGUUGCCAAGUCUUCCAUAUUACUAGAUGUGAAACCUUGGGAUGAUGAGACAGAUAUGGCAAAACUAGAGGAGUGCGUCCGAAGCAUUCAGGCAGACGGCUUGGUCUGGGGCUCUUCUAAACUAGUUCCAGUGGGAUAUGGAAUUAAAAAACUUCAAAUACAGUGUGUAGUGGAAGAUGAUAAAGUUGGAACAGAUAUGCUGGAGGAGCAGAUCACUGCUUUUGAGGACUAUGUGCAGUCCAUGGAUGUGGCUGCUUCUAAUAAGAUCUAAAAUCUACAUCAUAGAUCAUUGCCCUUAAAUAAAAGCUUAAAAGACAAAAAAAAAAA